UCUCUGCAACUAGACGGCUACUACGGGAGAAGGAAGUAAAUUUGUUGUCGGGUUGAUGUCAUCUCACUGUUUCUAAGAGCAUCUGUCCCCGUAGAUUAAAUUAUAUAACCGGGCACAUCAACAUUGUGUCGUGCAGGGUUGGACCGCCACUCGGCAAGCAUUCGUUCCUUUAUUGGAACGAGACAGCUUGGAAGGGCUUCGCUGGUGCUCGUUAACGGGGUUUUUUUUCCGGUGGGGACGAAACGGCGUGGGUUAAGGAGAGGGCCUUGCCCGGAUAUCUGUCUAACCCAAACCGUGCUUCUGUACCGUAGGCUACCUGGCGAAGCAGUCGUGUGGGCGACACAUACAGUACCUACCUGCAAUUGUCCAUUCGUUUAGACAGCGCAGUGGACUAGGUUACCCCACCUUAAGGAACACCCGGAUCGAUUAACUUAAAGACACCAAUAUGGCAGAUAACCUGAGUGAAGCGCUGAAGACUCUGAAGCUCUCGUCCACGAGCAGCUCGCCGGAUGUACUGGAGGGGUGUCUGGACUGCCUGCUCAAGGCCCUGGCCGACAACAAUAUGGAGGUGAGCGGGCGGCUCCAGGAGAUGGGGGUGCUCUCUCAGCUGCCCGCGCUGCUCAGCGCCCCGUCACCCUGCACCCCCAAAGUGGCCAACAUCAUCGCAGAGGUGGCCAAGAACGAGUUCAUGCGAGGUGUGUGUGUGGACGCGGGUCUCAUCCCUCCGCUGGUCCAGCUGCUCAGCUCCCAGGAGCAGGAGGUGCUACUGCAGACCGGACGAGCCCUGGGCAACAUCUGCUACGACAGCCGUAAGUAUUCUGCAGCCUUCAGGAGCUCCACGAGGACACGGGGGAAGCUUCUGGAAUGUGUGGAAGCUCAUGGGUCCACGCGCACGGGUUACUGA